GGGGUGAGCAUCUGCGUGACGCAAGUCACAGUUGGGAUAUAAAAAGAGUGGAGUCGCGCUCUUUAUCAAUGAAAUAGUUAGAGAGAAAGGUUCUGGCUGAGCAAACUAAACGACUUGUGACUUGAUCGACACAUUUCUUUGUUUGAUUUGGAUCUGUAGCAGUGUUUUUAUUUACAACCUCGCUUUAUUCGAAGUUUGGCAGUCUCCAGAAGCGGAUCGAAAAUGAAAUACAUUAUAGGAGUUGGCGGGGUGACCAACGGUGGGAAGACCACCUUGACAAAAAGACUUAUCAAGGCUUUGCCCAACUGCUGUGUGGUGCAUCAAGAUGACUUUUUCAAGAAACCCGAUCAGAUAGAAGUCGGGGACGACGGCUUUAGGCAGUGGGAUGUGAUCACGGCGCUGGACAUGGAGGCCAUGACCAACACGAUACGAGGCUGGGUGGAGAACCCCGUGAAGUUUGCCCGUUCCCACGGCGUUGUCGUGCCGCCGGUCUCCGAGGCGACCGACCCUGACCAGCAGAUCCACAUUCUCAUCGUCGAGGGCUUUCUGCUCUACAACUACAAGCCUCUGAUGGACGUGUACAACAAGUGCUACUACAUCUCCAUCCCCUACGAGGAGUGCAAGAGGAGGAGAAGUACGAGACAGUACACCGUGCCAGACCCCCCAGGCCUGUUCGACGGCCAUGUCUGGCCCAUGUACCGGAAGCACAGGAAGGAGAUGGAGGACAGCUGCUUAGACAUCGAGUAUCUGGAUGGGUUGAAGUCGAAAGAGGAGAUCUACCAGCAUGUGUAUGAGGACAUCCAGAACACUCUGCUCAAUCGUUUAUAGCAGGAGGACGGCUUCCAGCCUGUAAAGAAUUGUGUAUAUAGCGCCAAGAUUGAAGACCACUUUUCUUGUUUGUUUUUUUACCAUUUUCUUUUUUUCCAACAUUAUUCCCAUUGUAAAUAGUUUGAAGGAAUGUUAAUUUAUCAAUUUCUGUCUGAAUUUUAAGUUGGGUAUGUUUUUGUCCCCAUAUCAACUCGUUCUGUUGCUGUGAAGUCAGCACUGCCCACAGUUGUUACUCAGUGUUGUCUAUCCAGCACUAAUAAAAUGGGAUGCCACCCUUUUUUU